AUGUCUAGUGGUGAUCCAGCGGCCGCCGACACACACGAUCGUUCUGAUGGACAAAAUCAAUGCAUCGUGUGUAACGAACCAAACCAUGCAGAUCGCAAGAUGGUCCAGUGCGACGGAUGCGAUCGCUGGUUCCACUUCAGGUGCGUCGGUGUGAAGGACAGCAUCGAAGGAGAGGACCGAAGCUUUAGAUGCACAGCGUGUUCUGUUCCCGAUCCACCAGCCUCUACAGUAUCGACUUCAGCAAGUAUGCGGGAAGCACGCAUACAGUUGGAGGUGCAACGCCUAGCCGAGGAGAAGCGGCUACAGGAGAAGAUGCAAAAAGAGCGAGGAAAGCAGGAGCAAGCUAUUCAGGAGAUGACGUUGCGUUUGGAACGAGAACGGAGAGACAAGGCCAUCAGGGAGAUGUUUGCCUUGGAGAAGGAAUACAUCCAACGAAAGUACGACCUGCUUCAUACCCAAUUGGAUGACGAUGGAGAUGCAGUUAGCGUUCGUAGCCGUUGCAACCGUGGAGCGGAGAAAGUUGAGGAUUGGAUCACCCGUAACCCGGCUGUGACCAUGAGUGCCAAUUCUGGAAACAAACCCACUGGACUCACAUCGCAGCUGAAACCAAUCACGAGUUCUGCCCCAGGAACGGCAACAGCAACUAUUGAAGAAGUAGGCCAAGUGAAUCCACAUUCAGCUUCUGCGGUCACUUCGAGUAUGUUAGCUACUCUUUCGUUGCCAUUAUCCCAUUCUGCAAACGCCUCGAUCUCGCAUCCUACUACACAACGACCACCUAUAGCACAGAGUACCAUGCAAGGGAACAAUGUGAUGCCAAUAGUCACAACGGUGGCGAGCGUGCAACAGUUUCCUAAACCCUCUGCGUCGGUCGAUGCACACAAUAUGUUUGUGAUUUCACCAACAACAGCGUCGAUGGUUUCGUUUUCGUUGCCGUCACUGACCACUACACAGCCGGUCAGUUUCAUGCCAUCAUACGGGAACUCAUUUCUGCCACAGUCGUCGUUAGCAACCUACACACCACAAGCGCAAGGUAUAUCAUCGGUAACAUCAACAUCGUCGUGCCGGCCCAUCGUAUCGCACACUGCCGCACCGUCUUGUUUACCAGCGAGUGGUAUAUCAUCGAUGUGGCAACCACCAACACACCACUCAACACCAACGAGUUCGUCUAGCGGUCGACGUCCAGCUGAGGUACAAUACGCAAACACACAACCGAUGUGCUCUCAGGUAAAUGCUACUUCAGUUUCGACCCGUAUGACCAGUAUGAAUCUUGGUGGGAAAGAGAAUGUUUCAUCUGCCAGUCAGCAUGUACAAGCUCCAAUGGGGUAG